CCAAUGCUGCAUGUCUAUUGAUGACUACGAGGCACUAGGUGAACAAAUAUAAACCGGCUCUUUGAAAUUUUUUAAUUUUGUUAGAUAAAUGUAUAUAAAUUGAAAAAUGUUAAAAAGUUUUCUCCUAUUCUUCACAUUAGUUGUCAUCACAAUUUCUGUGGAAUCAAGUGUAACCGGAUACAUAAGACCAUUAGAUAUCCAAAGAUUUGAAAAAGUCCUAAUCGAUGGCAUAUCAAGUGGUAAUUUAGUCAACAUACAUUAUGGAGUACGAGGUUUAUCGUUAAUAAAAAAACCAGUUCCUGAUAGUUUAAUAAAUGGUUUGUGUGAUGUAAUUCGAAAAACGUUGUUAGAUUCAAAAAUCAAAAUUGAACAAAUAUAUUAUGCAUCGUCUGUUCUUGCACAAACUCCAAGAUGUAAACAUAUAUUAAAAGAUGAAAAAGAUAAGGUUUUUACUGACGUAUUAACCAAUGAAGCUUCGACCAUACCUGAAUUAUACUAUGCCACCGAAAGUUUAAGUAAUUUAGGGAGAGCAGUUCCAGGAUCUACAAAAAUUGCACAAAGUAUUCAGACAAAAUUAAAAACAGAAGAUACUUUAUUAAACCUUGGUUAUACUUUCCACAUUGCUUCACGAUUAGGUGCAGCUGGAAAGUUUGCAUUAGAUCGUGUGGAGGAAGCAUUAGUUCAAGCCGAUGAAGUUGAUGGAAAGUUUUUACAAUUUGAAGGGGGUUUAAGUGUUACUUCAAUUGUUCUAGUUGGUAUAAAUAAAUUACAUGCAGCUCAAAAAGUACCUUCAAUUAUAACCAAAGAACAAGUAGAAAAGUUUUCAAAUUAUCUUGUUUCGAGACGAACUGUUCAGACACCAAAAGGAGUGAGUCUUUUAAUUGAAGCUAUACGUACAUUUACCGACAAUCCACAAGUUUCACCCGCAAGUAUUGGUUUAGCUGGUUCUGGACAAGUUACAGCUGCUGUAGCCGUAAGAGUAUGUGAUAUUCUUGGAAAUAAUUUAGCACUGCCAGCAGAUUCUGUGAUAGCGCAAUCAGCAACCAGAUUAGGUGAUGAUGUUGUCGUCCUAGCUAAACAAAAACUAGUAGCUACAUCAAAUCCAAUCAUUUACAAUUUGGAAUUACCAAGAGAUCGUAUGGCGGCUGGUUUAUAUAAAGUGGUGAUUUCAGCUGGUGCACAUACUGCUUCUCUUACUGUAACAGCAUUGGCUAAAGGAACCGUCUCAUCAUUGGAAAUUGGUGUUGCUGAUACCGAUCAGCUAUCUGCAGCUCGUUUAACAAAACUUGCGUAUCCAAAUAAAUUAUCUACAGCAUUAGAAGGAGAUUCACAACAAGUUUUACUUAUUAAAUUUGCAUUUGUUGAUGUAUCAACAAAAAAACCAUUAAAAAUUCAACAAGCUUUCUUAAAAUUAACAUGUUUAACAACCAAGAGAGAAAUUCUAUUUGUGGCUGAAAGUGAACCUGGUACUAAUUUAUACGUAAUCACUUUAGACAUUGGAAAUAAAGCCGCAUUACUUGGAGGAGCAUCAUCUUCGUUCAGUUUAAGUCUUAUCUUGGGUGACACCGUACUUAGUAAUCCAAUAAUUUGGAAUUUAGGAGAAUUGAACGUAAAACUCACUGGAGUUUCUACAGAAGUUAUAUCAUCACCACCUAGAGGACCAAAACCAGAAAUUCAUCAUUUAUUCCGCGAACCAGAGCGACGACCACCACAAACUGUAUCAAUGUUCUUUACAGGACUCGCAAUUGCACCAAUCCUAUUAUUGUUUGCUUUGUGGAUCAAAUUGGGUAUAAAUGUAUCUCAUUUUAGAUUAUCACUUGGAGCGAUUGGUUUCUAUUCAGGCUUAGCUGGUAUAUUUAUUCUUUAUAGCAUAUUUUGGUUGAAUUUAAAUAUGUUCCAAACUAGUCGAUGGUUACUAUUAUUAGGUGCAAUUGCAUUCCUCUCUGGUCACAGGUUAUUAAAAUCCAUAGCGGAGAAACGUAAACAUUAGUGUUUAAUUUUACACAAAUUUAUUUGUUAUACGAUUUAUAAAAAACGAAUGUAAAAAAUAA